AGACGAUAACGAGACGUGCAAGGGGAACACCUGCCUUUGUCUUCGGGAGCAUCACCAUGUGUCGACCUGCCAACAAAGCGACAAGGCUGCUGCUUCUUCUUUGCUUCCUCAUCCAGUCCUCCUACCACUGACCGCUUUCCUCUUUCCAUUUCCCGCCUCCUCCUUCUCGUCUAUAUAUACCAAGUAAUCGCUGACUGCUUCGUCUUCGUCUGCAAGUCCUCUAGCUCUAUCUCUCUGUCUUUCUUCUUUGUUUCUUUCCUCUGUUCGCUUUCCUCUGCUAAGGGUAUGGCUUCCCGGCUGUUCUUUUUGGUUGGUGUCUUCCUCCUCUCGAUCACAAUGGUUUCUUGCGGUGCCAAGGUCCAUGAACUCGAAGCAAGCGUUGAAGCCGAAACAAAGCCACCGAGUGAAGAUCGUGCUCCUCCUGCACCUGCUGCUCCACCAGCAGUACAUGUCUUGCCACCAGUUGAUGCAAAAGCGUGUCCGGGGCUGUGCGAGGGGAGGUGCCGGCUGCACUCGAGGCCCAACCACUGCAAGCGAGUGUGCAACACCUGCUGCUACCGCUGCAAGUGCGUCCCACCAGGCACCUACGGCAACCGGGAGAUGUGCGGCAAGUGCUACACCGACAUGACCACCCACGGCGGCAGGCCCAAAUGCCCUUGAAUCUUCAUCUUUGGGCUGCACUACUGUAAUAGUAGCAGUGAGCUUAGGUGGUGCAGAUUGUUAUCUUUUUGCUUCUUAUUUGUUGGGUCAUUUUCUGUGUUGGGCAGUUUCAGGAGAGAAAAUAAAUCUGUUUCUUCCCUUCGUUGAA